UUUGUUGACGCUAAAUUGGGGAUUUCGAUCGGUCAAAAAGAUGUCGAAUACUCACCCGGACACACAAUGGCAAUAUGAGGACCGCUCCCCACCCUGGUGAAAAAAAUUAGGUUUCGAUGCCCCUGGACCUGCACCCCAGUUUCCUUUCAGUCAUCACCAAUCCAGGCGGCUUACAGCGGCCCGAAUGCCGCGAGUCGAGACUCGGCCACACUUUUUUUGUUGAUGACUGGCCUCGGCUUUCCGCUCGUAAGUGCGUCCCAGAAUUGAGCCUAUCGCCGACGCAGUUUUCUUUCUCUUUUGGUUUUUUUUCCUUCUUCAACCCAUAAAGAGCCUGUGGGGUUUUGCCUUCUCGAAGUGGGCUAAAGAUGUGGACGACGAGUGGAUAGGAGGGAUCGCCGCCAUGCCCG